AUGCAAUUUGAAGACCAACGGAUAGUAGAGGCUGACCCAAAUACGGAUGAUGAUAGCAUCACCACAGCUAGCACCUCAUCCAUAUCCGAUGACGAGGUGGAUGUCUCCUCACAAGGACAUGUGAAUGGCACAGUCCACACUAAUAAUAAUAAUAAUAAUAAUAAUAAUAAUCAUCAUCAUCAUAACAGUGCAAUUACUGUAAAGAAACGUACGUACGAUCACUACUAUAAUCGUUUAUCUCGCCAUGUGCGUAAAUUGUGGGGAGAAGAGGAGCCCUAUACACCAACCCGUGAAGAUGCCGCCAUGUGGCCACAGCGUCUCUACUACACAUGGGUCACUGACUGUAUUUACAUCGCCGCGCGUGAAGAACUGCGGGUGGAUUUACUCCUGCGCCCCCGCCGCUCACACCGAUCACAUGAGUGUGGAAGUAAACUCUCCGCCGCAACCCACCGCAGCCUGCAGCGACGCCAGGCGUGGAAUAUACUCAUUGGAACUCCCGUAGGCCAUCGCGAUGAUAAGAACAGUCACGGCACACUACGGUGGGUUGGUGUGCCAAAGUCUGGUGUAUACAGUGAAGUGGUGGCUGCCGUUACGUGGACAAAACCACCAAAGCAACGUGUGGAAGAGUGUACUGCUCAGUACUCACCUUUCUUCCGUGGUAUUCUCCACGGUGAGACACUGUUUGAACCGGAAAGUACAGAUAACACCACAAUUGAAGAACCUGGCAAUCUUGUACUAUUGUUGCCAAAGAAUAGUCCAGAUGGUGCCAUCGCAGCGAGUUUACCAGUACCCCGACGACUCUCCGUAGUGCGGGAUUUGCUCAACGCUUUACCCGGAGCUGUAUUUUGGCAAAUACCAGGAAAACUUAUUGGUGAUGUCUGCACACUCACAAUUCCAUUGCUAUUGCAUCACUACGUCACUUAUCUUGUACAGGAUGAUAGUGGUUGGGGUACUGGACUUGGUUUGGUGGCUGGGUUAUUUUUUGUUCAAGCAAUACAAAGUAUCUCACUUCAUAUGUUUUACUACGUAAGUAUUAUUGGAGGUCUUUCUUAUCGUAGUGCUUUAUCUGCUGUUUUAUUUGAAAAAUGUUUUACUAUUUCAUCUAAAUCCCUUGCUAUUCCAGAGAUGAGUACAGGACGUAUUAUUAAUAUGUUAAGUUCUGAUGUUGAGCGAGCCAAUGACUUUUUACAAUAUUGUAUGUACCUUUGGAGUUCUCCAACAGUAUUUACUGUAUCUAUAAUUCUCUUGUAUCAAUUAGUGGGAUGGUGUGCAUUAAUUGGAGUUGCGGCCCUAGGGGCUACCCUUCCAUUAAAUGCGUUUGUAAUGCGACGAAUGAUGCGACUACGACAAAAACUUGUGAAAGCUACGGAUGCUCGUGUAAAGGCAACAAAUGAAUUUUUCUCUGGUAUUAGAAUUGCAAAGUACAUGACAUGGGAACCAUGUUUUAUUGAAGAAAUUGAAUCUAAACGUGAUAUAGAAUUGCAUUAUCUUAAAAAGGUUCAAACAUGUCGUGUUAUUGUGUCUUUUUUAAAUAAUGCUACUCCUCCUCUUAUGAUCGCUAUUGUAUUUGUAUUAUAUAAUGUCUUGGGGAAUGAACUUACGCCAGAGGUAGUAUUUCCUACAAUAUCCCUUCUCUCUAUUAUACGCAUGCCAUUUAUGAUGAUACCAAUGGCCUUUAACAUGGGAGUUCAGUUUAUUGUCUCUAUGGCACGUAUUUCUGCUUUCCUCGAGUGUGAGAACUCAGCAGAGGAUGUGAGAGAUAUGGCCAACUACCUCGCUUCCCAUCAUAAGGGAAAAGCCACAUGGUGUGAGGCCGCUGCUGUAUUUGAAAAUGCAGACAUCACAGCACUCGUUCCAGUCAAACUCCCACGCGUGCCAAAAUAUGUAACUUCUUUCUCUGCAAGACUAUUACGUCGUUUCUGUUGUUGUGCUGCUUGCCGUCCAGUGGAACACCGACUUUCACCAACGGAGGUGCUGCCGGAGGAAGGGGAACAAACACAAAAUGGAGAAACAAAGCUAUCAGCAUCGGAAACUACUGUUAAUUCAGAUAGUAAUGAUGUUACGCAAGAAAAUAAAAACAAUAAAAAUAGUAAUAUUAAUAUUAAGAAUAAUAAAGAUAAUAAAAAUAAUAAGGAUAAUGAUAAUAAAACAAAAAAGGAAAAACCACAAAACAAACUUGUUGAUGACCACUUCCAGUUAUUGCCAACCAAAAUCCUGACAGAUGUCUCCGUAAAGAUACCAAAAGGUAAAUUGACCAUAAUUUUUGGUCCAACAGGAAGUGGUAAAACCACCUUGCUGUCAACACUAUUAGGUGGAUAUGAAGUAACCCAUGGUCGGGUGUGGGCUACACGCAGCAUUGCAUACGUACCACAACAACCAUGGAUUAUGAAUGCGACACUGCGAGAGAAUAUACUCUUCUUUUCCCCAGAGGAUGCGAAUCGGCUGCAGGAUGCGGUGCGAGUGUGUCAGCUGGAGAUGGAUCUACGGCUGUUGGCGAGUGGGUUGGAGACAGAGAUUGGUGAAAAGGGCAUUAAUCUGAGUGGUGGGCAGCGGGCACGGGUGAGUCUUGCCCGUGCAGUGUACGCUGACCGUGAUUUGUAUCUACUGGACGAUCCACUCUCCGCAUUGGACGCACACGUUGGCGAGCGGGUUAUGUCUGAUGUAUUGUUGGGGUGUCUGGCUAACAAGACUCGAGUGUUGGCUACACACCAACUUCAUGUAAUCCCCAAAGCUGAUCAUAUUAUUCUACUCGGCAACCAAACAAUACGUUUCUCUGGUAGUAGUGAGGAUUUUCUAAAUUCUGCAUUUUACGAAGAAAUUUCUCAGCAAGAAAAUGAAAAUAACAAGAAAGAGUCAAACAAACAGAAUCAACGACAGAGUGAAACAGAAAGCACAGGAACAGUGAAAGAAAGGGAAGAAGGACAAGGAGAAGAAGGAGAAAAAGAAAAAGAAAAAUCAAAUGAAGAAGAGGUUCAUGAUAGACUGGAUGAUGACCCCGAAACAAAGAAAGUCCAAGAUGGGGCAGAGAAACAAGGUGAUGACGCCAAUGGGAAACUUAUGACAGUGGAAGAAAAAGCAGUGGGAUCGGUGCCUUGGUCAACAUAUACGGCGUAUUUUCGCUCUUGUGGUGGUAUUCACGUACUAGUGGCUGUCCUUCUGGUAUUUCUCUUUACAGAAUUAUUAACCUUAUCAUGCAAUUUGUGGUUAUCUAUGUGGUCUACACGUCAUUUUGAUCUUUCUACAAAGUCCUAUCUUAAUAUAUAUAUGAUAUUAGUUGUACUUGGAACUGUUACCGUACCUUUGAGAUUUAGUAUCGCUUAUAGUGCUAUGCGAAGGGGUUCACGUAAUCUUCAUCGUCUUAUCUUACGUUCUGUUUCCGUUGGUACAAUGGAGUUUUUUGACACAACUCCUCUUGGUCGUAUCAUUAAUCGUUUUUCUCGAGAUAUUGACCGUAUCGAUGACGCACUGCAAAUGACUGCAAUAUUUUUACUUCAAUCAACAUACACCAUAUUUUCAUCACUUGCUGUUUCUGUGGAAUCUCAGCCGUAUAUUCUUAUUGUUGUUAUUCCCAUUGCAUACAUAUACUACAGGUUGAUGAUAUUUUAUAACGCCUCUAAUAGAGAAAUAAGACGUGUUGGUAGUACUGUAAAGGCACCAAUGUUGUCUCUUCUUGGUGAGGUACUUGUUGGUUCAACUACUAUAGCUGCUUUCAGAUGUGCACCAUCUAUUAUGCGUGAGGCCUUACAUCGCAUAGAUCUUGUAUAUGCAGCUUCGUUAGUUGAAAAUGUUACGAAUCGAUGGCUAGGAACCCGAGUUGAUUUAUUAAGUAAUGUAAUCGUUGUUGUGAUCGCUUUCAUUGGGGUUGUGGGUAAAGUAAUGCAAUUGGGAUCGCACGAUAUUGGUUUAGUUUCCUUAAGUCUCACCAUGGCGCUAGCUUCAACAGCGCUACUUAACUGGCUUGUAAGAAUGGUAGGAAGCAUGGAAGCUGAUAUGAACAGUGUAGAACGUAUUCUAUACUAUACAGAUAAUAUAGAUCAUGAGGAAAUGCCUGAAAUUUCUCAACUUGUGGAUGAGAUACAAAAUAGGAAACGGCAUCUUACUGAUGCUGCUACUGCGGUGGUGAUUGAGAACAGUAAUGGCAGCCAUAAUGGAGAGAAGAAUCACCCCGAGACGAAUGUGCAGGCGGGGUGGAUGGAGUUCCACGAGGUGGAGAUGCGCUACCGGCCUGGCCUGCCGCUAGUGCUGAACAAGGUGACCUUCCGCAUUGAGCCGCGGGAGAAGGUUGGCAUUGUGGGCCGCACUGGCAGCGGCAAGUCGACGCUGCUGCUGACGUUCAUGCGGAUGGUGGACAUCUGCGGCGGCGACAUCAUUGUGUGCGGGCGGCCGAUCCGCGCGUACGGGCUGCGGGAGCUGCGCGGUCUCUUCUCGAUGAUCCCGCAGGACCCGGUGCUCUUCGACGGCACGGUGCGCUCCAACGUGGACCCGUUCCUCGCGGCGGGGGCGGCGGAGGUGUGGGCCGCGCUGGAGCUCGUCGGGCUGCGGGCCCGCGUGGCGGCGGAGGCCGGCGGCAUCGACAGUCACGUGCGGGAGGGCGGCGCGAACUACAGCGUGGGCCAGCGGCAGCUGCUCUGUCUCGCCAGGGCUCUGCUCAAGCGCGGCAGCAGCUUCAUUCUCAUGGACGAGGCAACCGCCAACAUUGACCACGCACUCGACAGGCAGAUACAGCACACCGUCAUGACAGCAUUCGCCGAACACACAGUCAUCACUAUCGCACACAGACUACACACCGUAGCUCCAUAUGAUAAAAUAAUCGUUAUGGAUCGCGGUGUUGUUGUCGAGAUUGGAUCCCCACGAGAUCUCGUUGCCGAUCCCUCAUCAAGAUUCAGUGCCAUGGUACGAGCCCUCGGGCCAGUAGAGACAGCACGAUUUAUGGCGAACGUAGGACAUAUCCCUUCUCCUACAACUAACACUGAUAUGGAAAAAUCUUAG